AUGUGUGUCGCCUUUUGGUCCCUCACCCACUCUGAAUAUGCGCUCAUUCUUUGUACGAAUCGCGACGAGUUUCUCGAUCGGCCUACUGCACCGGCUCAUUUCCACGCUUUCGGGAAAGGCGACAAAUCAGGUGAAGGCAAUGUGCUGUCCGGUCGCGAUCUCCUAGCAGGAGGGACAUGGCUUGGGAUCACCCGCACAGGAAGGCUUGCGCUCCUGACAAAUAUUACGGAACCAAUGUCCUCGUACAAAUCGUCGAGAGGGCACUUGGUCACGUCCUUUCUCGCCCCAACAUCAUCCCAACAUGUCCGGUCCCUAGCGGACGAGGUCGAUGAUCUCCUCUCGCAGAGGCUAGACACGCCUUACGCCGGGUUUAAUAUGCUCUUGCUGGCACCUCGUGGUACCGGCUUACCCGACAAUUGCUCCACGGCUGCAUCGCCCCACAAUUCACUCUCGUUCUCAGCCGAACUCAUCACCAAUCACGGUGGAGGUGGCCCCCUCGCACACCGGUCUCUUACGGAGUCGGAAAGGCACUGUGGUGGUAUGUCAAAUGGUGUGGAUGGUAGGGGAGCCUCAGAGUGGCCCAAGGUUGUCCGCGGAACGCAGUCGCUCCAGGAGAUACUAGAAUCUCUACCUACCCGAUCGAUGGAAAACGAUCCCUUCCUGAUUAUCUUCUUCACUUCCUCCAGAUGGCGGUCUGAUCCACCACCCGUUGACCGUGGCACCCUUAGGAAUACCAUCCAUAUCGCACCACUUCCUAUCGACCCGAAAGCCCCGAUCAAGGAAGGAGCGAAGGUCUCUGGCAGGCGAUUCUACGGUACUCGUCUAUCGACCGUGGUACUCGUUCGACGAGACGGCCAGGCUCGUUUCCUUGAGCGGGACGUUUGGAUGUUGGGCAAGGACGGUGAUGUUGUUAGAGGCAACAAGAGUCUCCAGCGUGAUUAUACGUUCUCUCUACAAUUGUCUUGA